AUGGGGGUGCAGAUAGCGCUGGAGAAGGGCGAGAGAGGGUCAAGGGUGAAAUGGAUUGGGACAACCCUUGAGUUGAGGGAGAAGGAGCUCAUGAUUGGGAUCCAGUCAAAGAUGCUAGAGGAGAUUGAGACGGAGCUGAAAAAGUGGCCCAAUAUGGGAAUGAUCCCCAUCAGAGAGGUCAGAAGAAUCACGGGCAAACUCAGCUGGGUGGCGGGCGUGGUGCCAAGAGUGAAAUGGGUGGUCAACGCCCUCUACAGCACCAUGGCGGCAGUGCAGCGGGAUGAGGAAGAGGGCCUGGAGGAGAAACGGGUUGCGCAGCGAGCCGACACAAGACCCAAGAAGGGGCUGAUCCCGUUCAAGAGGUUGAAGAACCCGGUCGAUUGGGUGAGCCGACUGAUGCAGCGCAAGGACAUCCUCCUCUUCCGCUCAGAGCCCUUCGUGGAAAAGAAGAUCCAGUAUGGCUUGGUGACGGAUGCGAGCCCGUUAGGCUUGGGCGGAAUCCUGAUAAGGCUGUCGCUGGAUGGAGAAAGGUAUGAGAUAGUGGAGGCAUUCGAGGCAGAGUUCAAAGAGGAAGAUGCAAAGCUGCUGAAUGUGGCGCAUGGAGAAGCUUCGUCGCAGAGCGUGGUGGAAACCCUCGCGGUGCUGCGAGGCCUGCACAAGUGGGCGGCGAACUUCAAGGGCAGGCCGAUCUUGCUCCGGAGCGACUCGACGGUAGCUCUGGGAGUCACCAAGAAGACGGGAAGCCCGUCGCCGCAGCUGAACUACCUGGCGGCAGAGAUCUCCCUCAUGUUGGAGCUCCACCGAAUCCAGCGAGUGGUCGUGCAGCACUUGCGGGGGGCAGACAACAAGGAGACGGACUGGCUGAGUCGCAUGCAUGAUCGGGGCGACAAGCCAAAGUCCCUGGAAGGAGUGAAGAUUUUUCGCCUUGCACCGUGUUUUACGUGCAAGGAGUUGUUCUCGCUCGCACCUCCUGGAGGGGAGGGCCAAGGUAGUUGGGCCGGGGACGAACAGCCUGCAGACACCUUCAUUGGAGGGGACACCGAGGCUCAAACCGAGGACAUGGCGCUGGCCUUGCAAGGUUCCCUAGCCAUCACGGAGACAAAGGAGCCUCAGACAGGGUCCUUAUGGAUUUUGAAACUAUGGCUGGGCACGGUGGUCCUCGGGUUCCUGGCUGGAGCGUGGUAUGGGCAAUGGCUGCCGCGGCUUUGCCAAAAGGCGUGGAUGGGCGUCAGGAGCAAAGCGAAAAUGGUGUGGACGUGGGGCUCAAUGGGGUGGGCCAAACUCCACAACCGUUUGGAGGCACAGUUCACCUUGGGACAAAACCGAGAAAAGGAAGGGGGCCAGAGGGGAUGGUUGCCAUGGUCUAGCAGAAAGUUGGGUGGCGGAACCCAGCAGACGCAGGUCUAUCAGCCCAAGGGCAUCAGCGGCCAGAAAGAAGGUAAAGGAGGCGGAAAGGGCAGAGAGCCCAAGGAGUCCCGAAAGUCACAGGGAGAGGCAUGCCCGGCGAGGGAACACGCAGGUGGUGUCAAGGAUGCUCGAGGCGGUAAGCCCCAAAGUGCCCGGAAGAGGAGAGUGAACUGGCAAGGGAUGACAAACCUCUUGUCCUCGAAAGAUUGGAAGAGGAAGGCUGUAGCAAACUUGAGAGGAAAGAUGUUUGCAAAAUCCACACUGGCCAGCAGAGCUUCCAAGAGGAAAAGGCUUUGUGACAUUCUGCUGAAGGUGAAGGGCGAGAAAGAUUUCUUCCCGCUGGGCUCGGAGGAACUGGAAUUGGUGGGAGCCGUUCUGAGUGAAGCAGAUCUCAAAGCGGGCGAACAAUACAUCAACGAGGUAAAGCUCAUGCAGCUGGAGGCCGGCUGGGCGUGGGAUGAAGUUUUGGAGAGGCAACUGGCCAUGGUGAAAAGAGCUCUGAGAAGAGAUGUUGGCCCGGACAAACGAGCCAAGGAGGUGAAACCCGAAGGAAUUUCUGUAGAAGAUCCCAAGGAAGUGGACAAGCAAGGUGAAGGAGCUCCAGCCUUCCCCAAGAUGUCCUACGUCUUUGCAGCAGUGUGGAUGCUUAGGAGUGGGGAGGUGGUUGGUUUGGACAGCGGCCACCUGGACUUGGACCCAACGGAUAAGAAGGUAUCCUUGCUCAUCCCAAAAUCCAAGAUGGACCAGGGCAAGCGAGGAGUAAAGCGGACCCUCACUUGUUGCGGCCACAGACCUUGCAAAUCAACGUGUCCGUGGAGGAUCUCUGUCAGAGUGAAAAACUAUAUGGCAGGGCCAAAUGAUGAGGACCCGUUGAUCGCGGAUGGAGUGGGCUGCAGAAUCUCACGAUUUCAAUUAGUGAAGUCGUGGGUGAACCACGUCGACGAAACCAUGUCAGGGCACUCUGCUCGGAGAUCCGGAGCCAUGUUCUACACGAGAGAAAGGUGGAGUUUAGCAGACCUCAUGUUUCUAGGCCGAUGGAAGAGCGCGGCGGUGUUCAGAUACAUGGAGGAAGCGAUGGCUGAACUCCCCAUCAAUGAGUCGGUGAAGAAGGAAAGGAAAAUCGAACCAGCCACAACAGUGGUGAAUGUGGACGAAGAGGAUCCGCCAUUAGUGGUGAAGGGCCCGGAAAUUAAAUCGCAAGGGGCAAACAAGAAGCCCUUGUGGGCGAUCUCAAUCAGCUCAAGAGGCAAAGUUGCUCAUCGUGUUGGCAAAGCUUCCUGGGGCAUGCCCAUAGCAGAAUGGACCACCAUCUGCGGGUGGCACUUUGCCCGCAACAACGCGAGAGUGGAACUCACCCGGUUCAAGGAGCUUCACAUCAACUGCUGUCAAAAGUGCAAGGGGCUACACUCACUGCGCGACGGAGUCAAAGGAGGGGUUGAGCUGGCGCAGCUUGUAGAAAUUUGA